UUUGGCGCUAAACGUCAGGAUGCUGGUGUGCGUGUGCAUGCGCAGAUCUCUUUACUCAGGACUGAGGAGAUAACUUGAGUCAUCUGCAGCUAGGAAAAGACUCCUGGCUGGAUAAACAUGAGCGAAUCGGCAGGAUUCAACAUCGAGGACCUGAUUAAGGUUUCACCACUGAAUGGAGGUGGAGAUGAGCCCAGAGUUGAACAGUUGAUGGGAAAACUAGGGAGGCUGCAAAAAGUUACACUGUGUUUUAUUCAAGGUAAAAGAUCCCUUGAAGAAGGAAUUAAGGACAUGAAAUCAGUCAUUGACUCCCUGCAGAAGGAGCUGGCAAGCUUACAAACUGAGGCUUAUCAACUGGAGGGAAUUCACAAAGAAAAUGAAGAGUUGUGCAGGAAGCUGCAGUUCCAGUGUGAGGAGUCUGAGCAGGACUCUGUCAGGCAGGUGGAGCAGAACAAGAAAAGUGAAGAGUUGCUGGAACAGUACAGAUGUGAAAUCCAGGGAUUCAAGCUUAAACACCGGAAGCUGCGUAUGAAGUUUGAAAACCAACUGCAUCAACUGAUGGAGCAGCAUAAGAAUCUGCAAUCUAUCUUUAUGCCACAAAGACUUCCAGCUGAAGUAGAGAGUGCUGAGAAUAUAAAAAGUCAGCUGUUAGCAGCUGAAGAAUUGAAGUUGGCUCAGCUGCGCCGCCUCAGUGAGGAGCUAGAAGAGUUGAAGAAGCAGAAGCAAAUGGGGACGAUAGCAACAGAGACUCAGGAAGAGUAAAGCUGCAUGUUGACUGGUAGUUUUAGAGAAUCACCAAAAUCACCAAAAAGUCAGUGUAGGGAUUUCAGCAGUCUGAGGGGUUGCAAACUCCUGCCAAAUGGGUACAGGCAAAAAAUUUAAUUCAAAAUAAGUUAAAAUGACAAGGAUUUUAGUCACAGGUUGACAUAUGAUACCAGAGAUAUUAAAGUAAAAUGUUUGUCUACCAAAUUAUUUAUAUUUGAUAUAUGUACAUAAUUCAUUCAUGUGUCCUUGGCUAUUUUCCUCUAAAUGUUUCAUGUUAUUGUUCUGUGAGGCAUGUUGGUAUCCACUCUGCUGGAGUCUGUGCCAAAUUUUAUGUAUUUAUGAAACCUGAAAUGUUUUUCAUUCUCUAACUGUUGAAAUGGCGUAUUUCAGAAAGAUGGAUGCCACUACUACUCCUGUACGAUACUGUUUAUAUCUUAACUUUAAUAUUGUGCAUUGAUAUAAUAUUAAGUUGUUAAUAUAUUUAAAAAUAUAAACUUUUGCUAAUGUAAUCA